ACAAACUGUUUAUUUACUUUUAUCCACUUUUGAAGUACUCUCGCCCUCGCCCAUUCAUUAAAGGGCAUCGAUGAUAUCGGAAAUGAUUUCAGCCGUGGUUCAUCGAUAGUCCUACUUUCCGCGCGAACCAGUAGCAAAAUGCAUCGUUCCAGGGCAACAUUUCGCGAGUUUCUAGUGGCUGGCGUUGCUACAAUCUCAGCCAUCACCAUGGGCGUAGCCCUGGGCUGGCCGUCGCCCAUGUUCAAAAAGCUUACGGAGUACAGCCUCUCGGAUAACCCGAUCGGGAAGGUCAUCGUCGAGAGCGAGCAGUCCUGGAUCAACUCCGUACUGGCGAUUGGUGGAUUCUUUGGACCAUUUGCGGCGGGAUUCCUAGCCGAUCGCCGAGGCAGGAAGCUGACGCUGCUGUUGAGCACCCUGGUCCACGUUGCUGGAUGGGUUACGCUACUGCAGGCGAAUACAGUUGAAAUCAUGAUAGCUGCUCGAUUUGUUCUGGGAUUUGGAAGUGGUUGCAUUCUGGUUACGUUACCGAUGUACGUGGGAGAGAUCGCCAGCGACCAAUACCGAGGAAUUCUGGGAUCGUUUCUUCAAAUAGGACAGACCAUCGGCAUCCUUUACGUCUACUGUAUUGGACCUUACGUAGGAUACUACGCUUUCCAGUGGAUUUGUUGCGCCGUUCCGAUACUGUUCAUGGUCCUGUUCGGAUUAAUGCCGGAGACUCCUCACUAUUACGUAUCGAAAGGCUUGUACCAGCGAGCGACCAUUUCGCUGAUGUACCUACGGGACGCCUCAGCCGACGAAGUUCAACCGGACCUGCAAGCCGUGAAGCAAUUCUUGCAGCAUGAGGAACAAACCAAAAACACCAAUGCCCUGAAAAAGCUGUUCACCGAAGCAGUCAACCUGAAAGCCCUGAUGAUCAGCUUUACCCUGAUCUCGCUCCAGCAGUGGACCGGAAUCGACUGCAUCCUCUCGAACAGUGAGCUCAUCUUCGACGAGGCAAACAUAUCGCUAUCGGCCGACGUGUCCACCAUUAUCAUGGGGGUGAUUCAAGUGGUUUGUUGUUGUGUGACGUUGCUGUUUGUGGACCGCGUCGGGCGGAAGCCAGUUCUGAUGAGUUCCGCGUUGGGGCUUACGGUGGCAUUGAUUCUACUUGGGGCGUACUUUAUGAUGCAGCAGAUGGGCGUUGAGUCGCACAACAUCAGCUGGAUUCCGUUGACGGGCAUGCUUGGGUUCAUUGCGAUCUAUAAUUUUGGCUUUGGACCUGUACCAUGGGCGAUUGCUGGGGAGAUUUUUGCCCACGACGUGAAAUCCAUCGGGAAUACGAUUAACGUGUCGGUUUCGUGGAUUUUGGACUUUAUGGCGUUGAGAUUCUUUCUGUUGAUUAGUGAGUCAUUUGGGUUCGAGUGGGCGUUUUGGAUUUUUGCGAUCAUUUGUGCGUUGGCGUUCUUGUUUACCUUGUUUUUCGUGAUAGAAACUAAAGGGCUCAGUCUGCAAGAAAUUCAAGAGCGGCUGGGAAGAAGGAAACUCUAGGAAGUCGAAUACAACGGUACUGACGGGAGUCUGCGAUGAGUAAUUGAAUUGUAUUAUGUUUUAAUAUCUAUAGAACAUCCAGCAAGAAUUAUAGAAUGCAAUAAAAAAUGUAUGUUAUGUAGUUUGUAAA